CUGCCGGAGGGGCGCGCUCCUGCUCCUGCUCCCGCUCCCGCUCCGCUCCCGCUCCGGUUCCCUUCCCCCUGCACGCACGUUGUCCGUGCGGCGGCGGCAGAGUGCCCGGUGCCAAUGCGGGGCGGGCGCGGCACCCCGGGGGCGCCUGCACCACCGCGGUGGAAACUUCACCUCGCUGCCGGGCCGACACGCGGCUGAAGCCCCCGGCGGGGCCGGGCCAGGCGGGGAGGAGCGGACCGGCGGGAGGGAGGGGUUCGCCCGCCCCGGGGGCGUCUCGUCUUGUUUGAUUUUUUCCUUCGUUGGAAGAAAAAAACAAAUAAUAUUAUCCCGCUUUAAACUUCCGCGCCCCGCUCUCCAGGGCGCGCAUCCCGCUUGGCGGGGUGUACGAGCCGGUGAAGCCUCCAUGCUGCCCAGCAUGCAGAGGCAGGGGAGAAGAGAUGGAGAUGUGCCUUCUGCCCUCACCUACACCUUCAUCCCCUCCCUGCAAGACAAAGGUAGUGGUGUUCCUGUGAGUCCUGAGCUGGAGUCAGCUGGAAGAUGACUGAAUAUAAACUGGUGGUGGUGGGAGCUGGUGGUGUUGGGAAGAGUGCUUUGACAAUACAGCUCAUACAGAACCAUUUCGUUGAUGAGUAUGACCCCACAAUAGAGGAUUCCUACAGAAAGCAGGUUGUCAUCGAUGGAGAGACGUGCCUGUUGGACAUCUUGGAUACUGCAGGGCAGGAGGAGUACAGUGCCAUGAGAGACCAGUACAUGAGAACAGGGGAAGGGUUCCUCUGUGUUUUCGCCAUCAACAACACCAAGUCCUUUGAAGAUAUUCACCAGUACAGGGAGCAGAUCAAGAGGGUGAAAGACUCAGAUGAUGUUCCCAUGGUGCUGGUUGGGAAUAAAUGUGAUUUACCAGCUCGGACAGUGGAGACCCGGCAAGCACAGGACCUGGCCAGGAGUUAUGGGAUCCCCUACAUAGAAACGUCUGCCAAAACCAGACAGGGUGUUGAAGAUGCUUUCUACACCUUGGUGCGGGAGAUCCGUCAGCACAAGCUGCGCAAGCUGAACCCCCCGGAUGAGAGUGGCCCUGGCUGCAUGAACUGUAAAUGUGUCAUCUCCUGACCAUGCUGACUCGACUGUGUCUUGGAGAGGUUCCUACUGUGCAGAGCACACGGAAAGAGGGGAAGCAAAGGAAGAAGUAAAUGGAUUAAGGGGAGGCGUAUAGGGGGAGAGGAAGAGGAAAGGGGGAGCAUGAGCCCCUCCAAGGACUAACUCCCAUGUCACUCAAGCCUGCGGCAAACAACUUUUUUUUCUGUUUUUUUUUCCUCCCUCAUCCCCUCCUCUUUUGGCCUCAUCCCACCCCAGCAACUGUACAAAGCCACAGAUUGAAUCACAGUAAAUUAUUAUUUGAUGGUCUUGACAAA